AUGUUUGACAUUGGUGGUUGUGAAAGGUUGGGUAAUAUGGAGAUCAGUCAAAUGAAUAUAAAUGCAAGUACAAAUAGUCAGGAGGAAGUUGAAGGAAUGUACUUUAAGAUGGAACGUCCUCGGUGUAUGAACUGUUGUGUUUGUGGAAUAAUGACAGAGAUAAAUCCAUCUAGGAUGUGUAUAAACUGCAUUCGAUCAGAAGUUGAUAUAACUGAAGGUAUUUCAAGACAGGCAAUAAUAUCAUUUUGUAGACAAUGCGAAAGAUUUCAGAAGCCUCCAUGGGUAUCCUGCCAGCUUGAGAGCAGGGAGUUAUUGGCUUUAUGUUUAAAGAAGAUCAAAGGUCUAAACACUGUCCGGUUAGUCGACGCAUCAUUUAUUUGGACAGAACCACAUAGUAGAAGAUUAAAGGUGAAGUGUACAAUUCAAAAGGAGGUUAUGAAUGGGGCAAUUAUCCAGCAAAAUAUAGUGGUUGAGUUUUUUAUGCAAGCUCAACAAUGUGAUGACUGUAGAAAGAGUUUUACUCCUCAUACGUGGAAUACUGUGGUACAGGUACGUCAGAGAGUAGAACAUAAAAGGACCUUUUUGUAUCUGGAACAGUUAAUAUUAAAGCACGGAGCUCAUGAGAAAGUUUCUAAUAUAGUUGAAAAGUCUGAUGGACUUGACUUUCAGUUCCAACAAAAAAGCCAUGCUCAGAAGCUUGUGGAUUUUAUUACUCACUACUUUGCAUCAAAAGUUAAAAGCAGUAGACAACUUAUUUCCCAAGACCUGAGUUGUAAUACACAUAAUAACAAGUUCACUUUCUCUGUUGAACUAUGCCCUAUUUGCAAAGAUGAUGUAGUUUUUAUUCCAAAGAACCUCUGUACAUCUCUUUUAGGAGGUAUUUCUUCAUUAAUGCUAUGUAAGAAAGUUACCAAUAGAAUUUCUCUUAUAGAUCCUUUUACUGGUAGAGAGGCGGAUAUUACUAAAGAGAAAUACUGGCAAUACUCAGGUUCUAAUAGCAGUUCAUUUAUUCCUUUGCUUUCACGUUCAAGUUUAGUUGACUUUUAUGUUAUUAAUGUUGAUAGGAUCAGAGGUCGACAUUCAGUUGGAACUGACCAGAGUCAAGGAAUAAGCAGCAAAAUUUGUAUUGCAGAAGUUGAGAUCUGUAGAGAGUCUGAUUUAGGAAUUCCAGACUCAAGCGUUAUAGUAACCACUCACUUAGGAGCGUACUUGAAUCCAGGAGAUUGGGUUUCUGGAUAUGAUUUUAGGACUUUGAAUAACUUUGGUGUUGUUGAAGAUAUUUCAGAGUUCAUUCAAUGGAGAGAACGCAAUCAUGAUGUUAUUUUGGUCAAAAAGGUUUUUCGAAAGAAUCAUAAUAAUCAGGAUUCUUCAUCCAUUCAAAGGCCUUGGGUCCUUCAAAGACUUCCAAAAGAGCUUGCUUUUGAUUCUACAAACUCUAAAAGUAACUUUAAUCAGGAUCUUGAGCAAUUCAAGGCUGAACUUGAGGAAGAUUCCGAAAUGAGACGUGAUGUUAACCUAUAUUGGGAUCCUAGAAUACAAGAAUCAUCAAGGGAAGUUUACCAAAAGGCAAGAAAACCAAGACACCUUGUUAAAAAGGAUAAAGUUUCAAAGAACCACUCAUCAAGUCACUUUGAAUCUGAUGAUAUGGUCAUGGAUGAUGGUUAUCAACAAGAUCAUGAUGAAGAAUUCUCUCAACAAGUUGACAUUUCUGAGCUUCUUGAUGGGCUUUCUAUCAAUGAUUUGCAGUAG